CACAGCCAUGGAAAGGAGCUGCUGGAGGAUGGGGGGAGAUAAACAAGGCAAUCAAUUGUAAUGAAUGCUCAAUUAAAUCCGCUAGAUGGAGCAAGCUGCAAUCCAGUUUGAUUUCAUUAGUGUGCCAAGCUAGGAAGAGAGAAGGAGAGAGAGAGAGAGAGAGAAAAAAAAAUAAUAAUAAAAAGGAUGCUCGCGUCUAAUUAGCAGCGAAAAGAAAAUUGCGAGAGGCACCCGAGGCGAGCGUCUUUGCGCUUUUAAUGAGAUCCAACGCCACAGUCGGAACCUGGUCGCUGACAGCUACAGAGUUUUAAACGCACAAUGACUUCAUAGAGGAUUUCAUCGCUAUAAUUAUCCCUUCACCGCGGACUGAAGACUCUCGGGGGGGAUUGGGAGAAAAUUAUAUCAAUUAUUGCUUCCUUCCGACUGUCACACUCAUCCGCUCGGCAGCCUGGAGCCUGUAUGACCAUAAUGACGAACCAGGAAAAGUGGGUCAAUCUCAGCCCUGCAGAAUUCGCUCAACUUCAAAAGUAUGCAGAAUAUUCCACGAAGAAGCUGAAGGACGUCUUGGAAGAAUUUCAUGGCAAUGGGGUGCUGGCAAAAUAUAAUCCGGAAGAGAAGCAAGACAUCCUGAAACAAACGAUUGACUUUGAAGGUUUCCAGUUGUUCAUGAAGACUUUUCUGGAAGUUGAGCUGCCGGAUGAAUUCUGCAAACAUCUCUUCAUGUCAUUUGGAAACAGAUUCCAGACUCCCAGCCCUUCAAUGCAGAGCAAGUCCCAGCUUCUCUCCGGGGGUCUUCGAAUGAAUUACAGAAGUAACAGUUCAUCCCGAUCUUCAUCCCCGGUGUCUCUGCGUCCACCUGACAUGAUUCAGCUGAAAGACAUCGUUUGUUACUUAUCACUGCUGGAGAGAGGAAGGCCGGAGGACAAGCUUGAGUUUAUGUUUCGACUUUAUGACACAGAUGGGAAUGGCUUUCUCGACAGCACGGAGUUGGAAUGUAUUAUCUCCCAGAUGAUGCAUGUAGCUGAAUAUUUAGAAUGGGACAUCACCGAGCUUAGCCCUAUUCUCCAUGAAAUGAUGGAGGAGAUUGAUUAUGACCACGACGGUACGGUAUCCCUGGAAGAGUGGAUUCAAGGAGGAAUGACCACCAUUCCUCUUCUCGUUCUACUUGGCUUAGAAAAUAAUGUAAAGGAUGACGGACAGCAUGUGUGGAGGCUGAAGCACUUUAACAAACCUGCUUACUGCAAUCUCUGCCUGAAUAUGUUGAUCGGUCUGGGAAAGCAAGGGCUCUGCUGUUCAUUUUGCAAAUAUACUGUCCAUGAACGUUGUGUUUCCAGAGCACCCCCAUCUUGCAUUAAAACCUACGUAAAGUCAUUAAAGGACACAAAUAUCAUGCACCAUUUUUGGGUGGAAGGAAACUGCCCGACAAGAUGUGAAAAGUGUCACAAAGCCAUUAAAUGUUAUCAAGGCCUCACGGGACUGCACUGCGUUUGGUGUCAGAUUACGCUUCACAACAAAUGUGCAUCCCACCUGAAACCUGAAUGUGAAUGCGGACCCCUGAAGGAUCAUAUCUUACCCCCCACCACCAUCUGUCCCGUGGUUCUGGAGAGACAGUCAACGGUGAAGAGAGAGAAGAACUGUGCACAGCAGGGGAACAAAUCAGCUGAAAGGACGAAGAUGCAGAGAGCAAACUCGGUCACCGUGGAUGGACAAGGUCUUCAGAUCACCCCAAUUUCAGGAACACACCCGUUAUUAGUUUUUGUAAAUCCAAAGAGUGGUGGAAAACAAGGUGAAAGGAUACAUAGGAAAUUUCAGUACCUUUUAAAUCCAAGACAGGUUUAUAGUCUUGCUGGGAUUGGACCAAUGCCAGGGCUGAACUUCUUUCGUGAUGUUCCAGACUUCAGGGUUCUUGCUUGUGGUGGUGAUGGAACAGUCGGUUGGAUUCUUGAUUGUAUAGAUAAAGCCAAUUUGGUGAAGCAACCCCCGGUGGCGAUCCUACCUCUUGGUACCGGCAAUGAUUUGGCAAGAUGCUUGAGGUGGGGAGGAGGUUAUGAGGGUGAGAACCUCCUAAAGUCUCUUAAAGACAUAGAGAAUGGGACAGCCGUUCUGCUGGACCGAUGGAGGAUAGACGUUAUCCCCAAUGACAAAGAUGAAAAAGGAGAUCCAGUGCCUUACUCUAUCAUAAACAAUUACUUUUCUAUCGGAGUGGAUGCAUCAAUAGCUCACAGAUUUCACAUAAUGCGAGAAAAACAUCCAGAAAAGUUCAACAGCAGAAUGAAGAAUAAAUUUUGGUAUUUUGAGUUCGGGACGUCUGAAACCUUCUCUGCAACAUGCAAAAAACUGCAUGAAGCAAUUGAGCUGGAAUGCGAUGGCAUUCAGAUGGACAUGGGAAACAUCUCCCUUGAAGGCAUCGGUAUUCUCAACAUCCCGAGUAUGCACGGCGGUUCCAAUCUUUGGGGGGAGACCAAGAAAAGGCGGAGCAAUCGAAGAAUGGAAAAGAAGAAUCUUGACAAAAGGACCACAGUCACUGACGUGAAAGAGCUGAAAUUUGCAGCACAAGAUCUGAGUGAUCAGCUGCUGGAAGUGGUGGGACUUGAAGGUGCGAUGGAGAUGGGUCAGAUCUACACAGGGCUGAAGAGUGCCGGGAGAAGACUUGCGCAGUGCUCUUCUGUGGUUAUACGGACCAGCAAGUCACUUCCCAUGCAGAUAGAUGGGGAACCUUGGAUGCAGACACCAUGCACAAUCAAGAUCACUCACAAAAACCAAGCCCCCAUGCUGAUGGGACCUCCUCCGAGGAACAGCCUCUUCACCUCUUUCAUCAAAGGAACAAUGAACAGGAGCAAAGAAUGAAUAUUUGCUAAAAUCUGUACACAGGGAAGACAAUAGUAUCUUGACCUAUGUCCGUGGGCUUCUUAAAUACCAGUACUUUGAAUAAUGGGAUUGAUUUUAGUUUUUUAGUUUUUUUUUUACUUUAUCGGUAAAUUAUAAUUUUAUUUAUUGUAGUUUUUUUUUUUAAGUUGUUAAGCAUGUGCGGUCAGUGUUAAUUUAUAUACAACAACAUGACAGCCUUUGAAUCUGCAUGCAUUUUAAUCAGUAACACAUUUGAAUGCUAAAUCGUACCAAUCCACGGUGCACCCUAGACGUGGUGCAAGUUUAACCCUGUAUAGUUUAUAGAGGAUCUUUCAUUGAGAUAUGUUACAUUGUUACAACAUGAAUUUUCUCCACUCUCGUGCUCUGUGUCUGCCAAUGGUGCAGAUUUUAGCAGAAGCACAAGGGAAACAAAUAAUAUAUAUUUUUAAGCUGUUGCUGAUUAAAAAAAAAAAGUUGGAACAGUGCGCC